GCAGGUGAGAGUGACCCAGUUUCAAAGGUUUUUCUGAAAUGAUGAUAUAAAACUUAUUCUUGCUCAUAUCAUUAACAGAACCAACAGCUUUUUCCAAUAGUUUGAAUUAGAAGAGGAAAUUGGCUUCAUUCAAUUAUGGCGCGAACAGGAAAUAUUACAGCCUGUUUCCUUAUGA